GUCCUCCGCUUUAGGGUUUUACAGAAUACCAAAACCGCCAGGAGCUUCCUACAACCUCCAAUAGCACCGUCGCGCAACCAUGUCGAAGCAUAAGAAGACUAGGGAGCCAAAGGAAGAGAAUGUCACUCUUGGCCCUGCAGUCAGAGAUGGAGAGCAUGUCUUUGGGGUUGCCCACAUUUUUGCCUCGUUUAAUGACACAUUCAUUCAUGUGACUGAUCUCUCUGGAAGGGAAACUUUGGUCCGCAUCACUGGUGGUAUGAAGGUGAAGGCCGACAGGGAUGAGUCUUCGCCAUACGCUGCUAUGCUUGCAGCACAGGAUGUUUCUACAAGAUGCAAGGAGUUGGGCAUUACUGCUCUUCAUAUUAAGCUGCGAGCAACUGGUGGCAACAAAACUAAGACACCUGGCCCUGGUGCUCAGUCAGCACUCCGUGCUCUGGCUCGUUCUGGAAUGAGAAUUGGUCGUAUAGAGGAUGUGACUCCAAUUCCUACUGAUAGCACUCGUAGAAAGGGUGGUAGAAGAGGACGAAGACUGUGAGCUUGCAGUUCAUUUCUGGGAACGACUGUUUGUGUCAUGCAGUUGGAUUAUGAGACUCUUAAACUAGCGUUUCUUUGCUGCUUUUGAACUGAUACUUCCUGAAUAUGUUUUGCAAGAGAUUAUAUUCAGUUUCUUUAUGAAGAGAUGUGGGAUUCCUAUUGAAGUUUUGCUUCACUAUCAAUAUUAUGUGCUUCCUGACUUUUGCACUUG